AUGCAGUUAAGGAUCUUCCAGAACGUCGUUCCGCAGCGUAAAUUGGAACUAGCAAAAUCUUCACCUUCAAGGAACCGUUUUACCGUUAAGGAGCUCAAUUUGGGGACCGUACUUCUUCUGAGGAGCAUCCAACAGGUUCACUUAGCCAAGGAGUAUGGAUGUCUUAGCCAGGACAGGCCGUGUCAACAGAAGAGCAAGCUUAUUUCGCUGAGACCAAUAAUCGGCUCCGAUGGUUUACUUCGCGUUGGUGGAAGAAUUCAGAAUGCAAGCCUGGACUACGAUAUUCAGCAUCCGAUAUUGUUACCCAAGAUCGCAAGCAUUACUUGGCACAUUAAGGCAAAGGUAUUGGCCAAUUGGAGGACGAAAGUUCGUGGCUACCGUCAUCAACAAAUGCGUCAGAUGUUUUCGGAUGAAGCCUGUCACUUGGCAGCACGUUAUGGGCAGCCUGACCCAGCAUUUUAUACCACGGGAGUGGAUUAUUGUGGACCAUUUUAUCAUAAGGCAGAGGCCCGCAACAAGGCGCCUCACAAGUGCUACAUCGCCGUCUUUGUCUGCUUCUCUACGAAGGCCACGCAUUUGGAAGUCGUCCAGGAUCUCACAACGGAUUGUUUCAUCGCAGCGUUGAGAAGAUUCACCAGCCUGAGAGGCACUCCGCGCACUAUUUGGAGUGACAAUGCGACGAGUUUUUUUGGCGCCAAGAGCGAGCUAACCGAGCUGAAGAAUCUAUUUCUGAGCGAACCCCACACGGCUGCGAUAGCUUCCUCCUACUUAGCUGAUGGGAUUGAUUGGAAAUUCAUACCUCCGCGUGCCCAACAUUUCGGUGGUUUAUGGGAGGCUGCUGUUAAAUCGGCCAAAUUUCACUUUUAUAGAGUCGUCGGUGCUUCCAUCUUGGGCCUCGAUGAAUUGAGAACUCUCGCUUAUAAGAUUUCUGCCAUCCUUAACUCCCGUCCACUCUGUCCAAUUUCAGAAAACGCUGAAGGUCUUGAGUUGCUAACGCCGGCCCAUUUCCUGAAAGGCUCCAGCUACACAAGGUUUCCUCAGCCUGAUAUCACGCAUCUCCGAGAAGGCCGCCUCGGCGUCGUCAGGGUAGCUAUGGUCCGUACAGCUAGGGGUCUAGUCAAGAAAGCCGUCGCCAAUUAG